GGCUUAGCCUGCAUAAGGGAAGAGCAGGUGGAUCGACAAAACAGGUUGAGUUGGCCUGUGAGGAUCCAACUCGUCCAACAAUCUUCAUCCUUACCCAGUCCACUUCCUCGAACCCUAGUCAAUCCACAACCGCACCAAAUAGGCUAAACUGGGAAGAAAUAUUUUGAAGAAAAGCUCAAGGACUAUGCUUUAACUGCGACGAACGCUUCACGGCCAGCCACUGAUAUCGCAAACCUCAGCUCUUGUUACUUGAAGGGGGUGGUGAAGAAGAUGAAGAAACAGAGGGUCCCAAACCAAAAAUAUCCUUACAUUCCCUUACAGGUUGGACCCUAGCUCGCCCCAUGCAAGUCACUGUCACCAUUGGACACUAGGAGGUCGUCGCCCUCAUCAACAACGACUCCACACACAACUUAGUCAAUGAAAAAGUGGUAAGCUGAUUGUAACUCACAGUCGUGCUAACAACCCCUUCUCUAUGAAAGUGGCGGACGACAAAGCUAUGAAAUGCUAAGGUUAAUUCGACAAAAUGCCUCUGCAAAUCCAAGGUACCUUUUUCUCACUCACACUUUUUUCAUUACUACUGAUGGGGUUGGAUGUUGUUUUGGGUGUCUAGUGGCUAGAAGGCCUCGACACCAUAACGUCGACUGAAAGAAUCUCACCAUGACCUUCAAGUGGCACAAUCAAACUCAGCACCUGCGCGGCCUCGACACCCCACCGAUUCAAGCUGCAUCACUGGAGGAAAUCAGUAGGAAAACUUACCGUCGGUCGUCCCUAUAUGUCGUCUGCUUAUUCACUAUCAAACCAACUGGCACCACAACCUCCAAACCAGAAUUACAGAAGCUGCUGGAUGAGUUUUCGGGUCUCUUUGAGGAGCCCGAUCGGCUACCCCCAGUAAGAAAAAUUGAACACCGCAUCAAACUUAAUAAGUGAAAAAGUGGCAAGCCGAUUGCAACUCACAAUCGUGCCAACAUCCCCUUUCUCUGUGAAAGUGGCGGACGACAAAGCUAUUAAAUGCCAAGGCGUCCAGUGCUUAGAAGGCCACAACACCGUAACAUGCGACUGAAAGAAUCUCACCAUGACCUUCCAGUGGCACAACCAAGCGUAACACCUACGCGGCCUCGAUGCCCCACAGAUUCAGGUCACAUUACUAGAGGAAAUCAGUAGGGAAACCUACCAUCGGUCAUCCCUAUAUGUCGUCUGCUUGUUCACUAUCAAACCAGCCGGCACCACAGCCCCCAACCUAGAAUUACAGAAGCUGCCAGAUGAGUUUUCGAGUCUCUUUGAGGAGCCUGAUCGGCUAUCCCCUGUAAGAAAAAUUAAACACCGCAUCAAACUCAAUGAGGGGAGUGAACUGGUCAAUGUUUAGCCUUAUAGGUAUGCAUAAUUCUAAAAAGCAGAAUUUAAAAAGCAGGUUGAUGCAUGAUCACUUCAGGGCUCAUCCGCCCAAAUACUAGUCCUUUUUCUUCCCCUGUUCUAUUAGUCAAAAAGAAAGACAACCCUUAGUACUUUUGCACAGACUUUCGAGCACUCAAUACAGUCACCAUCAAUGACUUUUUCCAUUUCGACAGUAGACGAAAUGCUCGAUGAAUUGUACGGUGCCACGUACUUUACCAAGUUUGAUCUCACCUUCGAGUACCAUCAGAUAAGAGUCCAUCCGGAGGAUGUCCAUAAGACAACAUUUUGAACUCACAACGGCUGCUAUGAAUAUCUGAUCGUAAGGAAACGAGCAAAGAAAGCGUGGGUAUUUUGGUCAAAUCAACCAGAAACUAGGGCUCUCCUGUUCCUCGCAACAAACCUCCCGGAAGUAGGAACGAGGAAACCAGUCGAACAUCGUCGUACAAAAUCAAGUCGAGCCUCGAAACAUCAAAGAUCAAGAGGAAAAAGAAAAACAAUGGAGAACCCACCAGCCAAGAGCUGGAGCAUCCAUACCCGACCCGAGAUCAUUGCCAAGUACGAGAUCCUGGAGCGUGUGGGAUCAGGCGCCUACGCAGAUGUGUACCGUGGGCGUCGGUUAUCGGACAACUUGGUGGUGGCGCUGAAGGAGGUUCAUGACUACCAGUCCGCGUUUCGCGAGAUCGAGGCGCUGCAUAUCCUCCAGGGCUCACCAAACGUUGUCUUCCUUCACGAGUACUUUUGGCGGGAGGACGAGGACGCCGUGCUGGUGCUCGAGUUCUUGAGGACGGACCUCGCCGCUGUGAUCAAAGAGGCCAAGAAAAAUACUGGGCUCUCGGUUGGGCAGAUUAAGAGAUGGAUGCUCCAGAUUCUUUGCGGGCUCGAUGCUUGCCACAGGAAUAUGAUCGUGCAUCGGGAUUUGAAACCUGGGAACCUGUUGGUUUCCGAUGAUGGUCUGCUUAAGUUGGCUGAUUUUGGCCAGGCAAGGAUACUCAUGGAGCCGGGAUUUGUUGCUGCGGAUGACAACUCACAGCCAUUUAUGCUGAAUUUGCUUGAUAAGGAAAAUAACAUUCUGCCAUCUGAGAGUUUUCCUGACACAGACAAGCCAGGAUAUGCUUAUCAAAAGCAAGAAGCUAUGGAGAAAGAAGAGUAUCUUAGACAGUUGGAUGAGCUUAAGGCUAAACACUCCUCCAAGGAUGAUAUUGACGGGGAAUCAAAUAUGCAUGAUGGUGGUACAUCUUGUCUUGCAACAUGCACAACAAGUGAUAUUGAAGAUGAUCUCCUUAAGAGUUCCUUUUCAUAUGAGGGUGAGGAUGGCGGAGACAAUAGACCUGGUUUCUUAACAUCUUGUGUAGGAACUCGCUGGUUUCGGGCCCCAGAGCUACUCUAUGGUUCGGUAAAUUAUGGCCUGGAGGUUGAUCUAUGGUCAUUAGGCUGCAUUUUUGCUGAGCUUCUUACCCUUGACCCACUAUUUCCAGGAACUUCUGAUAUUGAUCAGCUUAGCAGAAUAUUUAGUGUACUGGGCAACCUAACAGAAGAAGUCUGGGCAGGUUGCACCAACCUUCCUGAUUACAGAACAAUAUCAUUUGCAAAGGUAGAAAAUCCAACCGGUUUAGAGGCCUGCCUGCGUGAUUGUUCCCCAGAUGAAGUAUCGUUGGUCAAGAAACUUGUUUGUUAUCAUCCAGCUGCUAGAGCUACUGCAAUGGAAUUGAUAAAUGAAAAGUAUUUUAAUCAAGAGCCUUUUCCAGUUCCCAUAUCUGAGCUGUGGGUACCUGAGAGCAGAAGUGGACAAGAUGAGGAUUUCCCGGGUGAGUGGGAUGAUUAUAAUGGCAUGGGUUCAGAUUCAGAUUUUGAUGAUUUUGGUCCUGUAAACUUCAGAAGAACAAGUGCUGGCUUUUCCAUGCAAUUCCUCUGACCUUGAGAAGCAUUUACGUAGUAUAUGAAUUGUUUAAAAGGUAUAUUUAUGUUGCUGUGGUUCCCGGUGAAUUUUCAAAGGAAUGCAUUAACGGUUGUGGUAGAGUUCUCUUUUUCAA